AUGCCGCAAUAUCGUGGAAGUGUAUGUUUUUUUUUUGAAAAAUUAAAAAAAAAUAGAUUCUUUAGCGUGAAGUUAUAUCAAUUCACGUGGGACAAGCUGGAGUUCAAAUUGGAAAUGCGUGUUGGGAACUUUUUUGUUUAGAACAUGGAAUUCAACCAGGUAUAAUUGAGAAUCAUUUGCUGAACUUUUUUUUGGUACAUUUCCAUUACUUUUGCACGAAAUAGUUAGAAAAAAUUGUGGAAUUUUCAAAAAAUGAAUGGAUUACUGUAGAGUUUUAAUUCUUUCAUUUUUAGAUGGAUAUCACGUUGAAGAUGAUACUUAUGAUGAAGAAACCGAAACUCUCAAUACAUUUUUUGCCGAAACUGCCGGAGGAAAAUUUGUGCCACGCUGUCUUUUUGUUGAUCUCGAACCAACAGUUGUCGAUGAAGUUCGAACUGGAACAUAUCGAAAUCUUUUUCAUCCCGAACAAUUAUUAUCUGGAAAAGAAGAUGCUGCAAAUUGUUAUGCGAGAGGAAGAUAUACAAUUGGAAGGGAAAUGAUUGAUGUAAUUAACUCUGAGGAAUUUCUUUCUGAACUACAAGAAUAAGUUAUUUCAGGUUGUGAUGGAUCGAGUAAAAAGAUUGACUGAAAAUUGUAAUGGAUUACAAGGUUUUGUGAUAUUUCAUUCAUUUGGAGGUGGAACUGGUUCUGGUUUUUUAUCACUUCUUAUGGAAAGAUUAUCAACAGAAUAUGGAAAGAAACCAAAACUUGAAUUUGCAAUUUAUCCAGCACCUCAAGUUUCAACUUCAAUGGUUGAACCAUAUAAUUCAAUUUUAAUGACACAUACAACAUUAGAACAUUCUGAUUGCACAUUUAUGGUUGAUAAUGAGGCAAUUUAUGAUAUUUGUCGAAGAAAUCUUGAUUUGGCUCGACCAACUUAUACUAAUUUAAAUCGUCUUGUUGCUCAAAUUAUAUCUUCAAUUACUGCCUCAUUGAGAUUUGAAGGUGCUUUAAAUGUUGAUUUGACUGAAUUUCAAACUAAUUUAGUAAGUAAUUUAAAAUAUUUAUAUGUUAUGAGAUUUAGUAACAAAUUUAAAGGUACCGUACCCACGUAUUCAUUUUCCACUUGUUACUUAUGCUCCACUUGUUUCUGCUGAAAGAGCAUCACAUGAACAGAAUACUGUAGCUGAUAUGACACAUGCAUGUUUUGAACCCGGAUAUCAAAUGGUUAAAUGUGAUCCACGUCGUGGUAAAUAUAUGGCUGUUUGUUUAUUAUAUCGAGGUGAUGUUGUACCAAAAGAUAUCAAUUCAGCAAUUGCAUCUGUUAAAACAAAACGAACUGUUCAAUUUGUAGAAUGGUAUGUUAAUACUUGAAAAAUGGUUAGAGGGAAUAAACUAGUUGGUCUCAAAAAGUGGAAUAUCUUUCGGAAUAUUUUUGCAGGUGUCCAACAGGUUUCAAAGUUGGAAUAAAUUAUCAGCCUCCAACAGUUGUUCCAGGCGGAGAUCUUGGAAAACAAACUCGAAGUGUUUGUAUGAUUAGUAAUACAACAGCAAUUGCUGAAGCAUGGGCAAGACUCGAUCAUAAAUUUGAUCUUAUGUAUUCGAAACGUGCAUUUGUUCAUUGGUAUGUCGGAGAAGGUUAGUUUCGAAAUUUGAAAUCCUUGAUUAUAUUAAUUAAUAUUCAGGAAUGGAAGAAGGAGAAUUUUCGGAAGCUCGUGAAGACAUGGCUGCAUUGGAAAAAGAUUAUGAAGAGAUCGGAGAAGAUGAACUUCCAGAUGAUAUUGAUGAUCAAUCAUAUCGUGGUAAUAGUUCUGCUUCAAGAUAUUAA